GUGGGCCCACCAUCAUCAUCGUCGCCGCAGAAACCGGCCAAAAAGAUCUACUCCUAGCAGUAUCACUCCCACAACUCCGUCAGUUCAGGUCACCGCACCACCACCAGUCGCCAUGGGACCCACUGGUCAGCCUCGAGCCCUCUUGCUUCUGCUCCUCGCCGCCGCUGCCGCCGCCGCCGCCGCGCCGGAGCACGAGGCCUUCCUCCGCCUCCCCUCCUCGGCGCGUUCCCUCGCCCCGAAGACCCCCCGCUCCGCCGGCGCCGACCUCAUCCGCGCUCUCAACCUCCACCCCCGCGACGCCUUCCCCCGCCGCCCCGGCGGCGUCGGCAGCGGCGACGCUCUCCCGGCGGGAACCAUCGUCGAGAGGCCGAUCCGCCUCGCGUCCCUGGUCGCCGGAGACGACGGCGGCGGCAACACGUCGGUGAGCAACCUCGGGCACCACGCCGGGUACUACCGCCUCCCCACCACCCACGACGCCAGGCUCUUCUACUUCUUCUUCGAAUCCAGGCGGCACAAGAAGGAGGACCCCGUGGUGAUCUGGCUGACGGGUGGGCCCGGCUGCAGCAGCGAGCUUGCCCUCUUCUACGAGAAUGGCCCCUUCCACAUCGCGGACAACAUGUCGCUGCUCUGGAAUGAGUUUGGCUGGGAUCAGGAGUCGAAUCUUAUCUAUGUUGAUCAGCCAACUGGGACUGGGUUCAGCUACAGCUCUGAUUCGCACGAUACCCGCCAUAAUGAAGCGGGCGUCAGCAACGACCUAUAUGACUUCCUGCAGGCCUUCUUCAAGGAGCACCCGGAGUAUGUUGAAAACGAUUUCUAUAUAACUGGGGAGUCAUAUGCUGGGCACUACAUUCCUGCCUUUGCAACUAGGGUGUACAAGGGGAACAAGAACAAUGAGGGCAUUCACAUCAAUUUGAAGGGUUUUGCGAUUGGUAAUGGACUUACAGAUCCAGCGAUACAGUAUAAGGCAUACACCGAUUAUGCAUUGGAUAUGGGUUUAAUCACACAGUCAGAAUUUAACAAGAUCAAUAAAGUUGUUCCUGUUUGUGAAUUUGCUGUCAAGCUUUGUGGUACCUCUGGCACUGUAUCUUGCCUUGCUGCCUAUUUUGUAUGCAAUACAAUAUUCAGUUCCAUCAGGUUGAUAAUCGGGAACAAAAAUUAUUAUGACAUCAGGAAGCCAUGUGUGGGGAGCCUAUGCUAUGAUUUUUCUAAUUUGGAGAAGUUUCUCAAUUUGAAAUCUGUCAGACAGAGCCUAGGCGUUGGAGACAUAGAGUUCGUCUCCUGCAGCCCAACUGUCUAUCAGGCUAUGCUCUUAGAUUGGAUGAGGAACCUUGAAGUUGGGAUCCCUGAACUCCUUGAGAACGACAUCAAAGUGCUGAUUUAUGCUGGAGAGUAUGAUCUCAUAUGCAACUGGCUAGGGAACUCAAGAUGGGUAGACUCUAUGGAAUGGUCUGGAAAGAAAGCUUUCGUGUCCUCAACUGAGAAACCCUUCACAGUUGAUGGAAAAGAAGCCGGCGUUCUGAAAAGCCACGGCCCUUUGAGUUUCUUGAAGGUCCACGACUCCGGUCACAUGGUUCCCAUGGAUCAACCAAAGGCCGCGUUGGAGAUGCUCAAGAGGUGGAUUUCAGGAAACCUUUCAGACGCCUCCUCGAGCUCUCAGAGGCUCGACUUUGCCAUAUAAUCCAUCCUUGCGCUGGCUACCAGUGUAAUGUAUCUGGUGUGCGCUCACAUGCCUUGGGAUGAUCUUAGGUGAUGGGAAGCUCGUCGGCGACCGUACAUAUGCUAUUUCUCUUGUACGGUGCUCGAGGUUGGAGUGUGUAAUAAAAGGCUUUCAGAGGAUUGCUGGGACAAUACGAAUGUAUCACGAAGAUUAUCCCCUUUGAUUCAUAUGUGGACUACGUUAUGCA